GGGGACUGUAACUUUGAACAAAGCUUCUGUACAUGGAUUAACAUGGCUGGUGAUCAGUUUGAUUGGAUCAGGGGAUCUGGUAGCACUGCAAGCAGCUUCACAGGUCCCAGCAGAGAUAGGUUGGGCUCUUCAUCAGGUAUUGAACUACCAGUAACUUGAAUCUCAUCUAUAAGUGUAAGGAAAUGUUUCACCUCAUUUACCCUGUUAUACAUAAUUAUUGUUAUAGCCAGAAUUUUUUUUCCAACAGCACUCCUUCAAGGUCACAUGACAUCUAACAAGGAAACUGUUUCCUGCCAAAACCUCUAAGUGGGCAACAUUGAUGUCAGAGGGUAACAGUCACGGCUGUCAUUAAGAGUCGGGGGGAAUUUCCCCAGCUAUUAUGAACAUAACCCCGGCCUACUUUUGUAGGAAAGUAGAAGAAAAAUAGAACCAAACAAGAUCCCUAGAUUCCCCGCCUUCUUGUAUCAUUAGCCCUGCAACUUGAAAUUUUAGAAACAUGCCCUGAACAGUGCACUCAGUUACCCGUAAAUGUUGACCAAGGAUCUCCGUUACAGCAAGGUUUAAUGAAUUUCCAGCUAUAUAUAAACCAGUUACUUAAAGACUGGUCUCUCGGUAAACAGUUAAUUGUCAGUUUGUUUCUCUCAGGAAGCAUUGGGAUUCUCAGGAAACAAAAUUAACUGUUUCCCUCAGAACCUGCAGUCAUUAAGUGUUUAUUCUAUUCUCAACUAAUUGUUUAAUUAUAAGGAAUGUAAGUAUGAAGAUCAGAGAAAUAGUUUGAGAGGCUGCUUGUACAUGCCAUUUCAGCUUGUACUAAUCCGAUACAAUAACCAAAUUAUCAGUGUUCAUUAUAAUUAUUAUCAAGGUUCAAAAAGGCACAUUUUGAAAAUGGCCCUUCCUCCAAAUCAUGCACAGGGCGGGAAAAGAAAGGAGGGCUUGCAAUUUGUUGCAAGCUCUCCUUCCUUUUCCUGCCCCACUGCCAGAGUGCCCCUGAGAGCUUACUCGCAGGCUAAGGGGAUCGAAUCUAUAAGAGUUUAAAUCUGAACUAACUCUGAGGUCUUUUUGUUUUCCUUUUCAAGGAUACUAUGUCUUCAUUGAAACAUCAAGUCCAAGAAGACAAGGCGACAAAGCAAGACUGUUAAGUCAGCAAUUCAAUGGCACUAAUGCUGGUAGCUGCUUCACCUUCUGGUACCAUAUGUAUGGUGGUACCAUAGGUACACUCAAUUUGUACCAAGUGGUUGGACAGACAGAAACACUUAUCUGGACACUUUCAGGAAACAAAGGAAACUCCUGGUUUAGUGGACAAGUACCAGUUGGAAAAAAAUUGUUCAAUGGAUAUAAAGUAUGUCAGAAUCAUGUUGUAUGGAAUAGAAGAACCAGUUACGGCAUUAGUUUUGAGAAGAACAGGGAAGGCAGUUUUAUUUGGUUGUUCAGCCAUCAUGCUAUGCUGGGGAUGGUCUCUCACCAUGAUAAUAUAUGUAUAUGUGACACAAAUUUUGAGUUAGAUCCUUGGACCUGGUAUUCAUAUUAGUAUUCAAAUUCAUUUGUUUUUUCUCUCAGCCCCACCCUCGAUGAUUUUCUUAGGGUCUCCAGUUUUCCUCCCAAGUUGAAUUCCAAAUCCCAGUGUUAUGUUAGAAGUCUUCAGCUCACACAAAACUGGUCCAUGUUUAAUAGAGAGUUAAUAACUGGAGGGUGUUGAUGUAAUUAUUUCUAUUUUCUCUGACUUAAUUAUCUAUGAGAUAUUACCGCCUGCAGAGCGAAUCUUUUGCAUUCUGUGUGAUUCAUUUCUUAUUUCCUGUUAUUUUGAAAUAUCAGUACAUGUAAAGUUUCUUUUUUCAUAACAGAUUAUAGCCGAGGGAGUCAGGGGGAGUAGCUAUACUGGUGACAUAGCAAUUGAUGACUUUAAGGUCCUUAACGGUGUCAGUUGUAGUAUUAUACCAACGAAUGCAGACCCAAAUUCUCCAACAACUAGUGCACCUGUUACAACUGUGCCUCCCACUACCACACCAGCUCGUAAGUACACCUUAGUUUAA